AAAUUCUGGCUCGAUUAUUCAAUCAUUUGCCCGUUCUGUGGGUAGUCCUGUCAACAUUGCCACACGACGAUAUCAUGAAAAGGUUAUUGAUCAUUAUGAACGCCCUCGAAAUGUUGGUUCACUUCCACGCACAGACCCUGAUGUUGGCACAGGACUUGUGGGUGCACCAGCUUGUGGAGAUGUCAUGAAACUUCAAAUACGUGUGGAUGAUGUCACUGGCAAAAUUGUUGACGUUAAAUUCAAAACGUUCGGUUGUGGUUCCGCUAUCGCCUCGUCAAGCUAUAUGACUGAACGAGUUCGAGGAAUGUCACUUGAGGAAGCGAGUAAAAUAAAGAACACAGAAAUUGCCAAGGAAUUAAGUUUGCCACCUGUUAAACUUCAUUGUUCGAUGUUGGCCGAGGAUGCUAUUAAAUCUGCGAUUAAAGAUUAUAAGAAAAAACGAACAUCAACAAUGCCUGCAGCAGAUACAUCACAAUUUACUCAACAACCUUCCGUAUAA